GAACAAAGUGGGGCAGUCGCACUGGCCCUGUGGAUACGUGUUCCACAGUGGUUCUUUGGGGUUGGCUUUUUGGUCUAAUCUCUGGGAGCUGUACUCCAAACAGAGCCGAAAUAGCUUUCAGGCUGUAUUUGGUAUGGUUUUGCAAUGCAACUUAGCUUUCUGUAGCCUGUAUUUGCUUGGGGUGGUUGUACAGAGAGCCUUUUCCUGCCUGGCAGUUACCAUCACAACACUGGAAGAGCCCAGCAAAGUUCAGGCUGGCAAGGUAUAUUUGUAUACAGAGGGAGAAUCUUCUCCCACACCUACUGCUGGUGAGGAUCUCGGUGAGGGACAGUUGUUGGUACUGCAGAAAAUCAGCCUGUAUAUGCAGUGCUUUAUCUGACUGGACAGACUCCUAUUCCCUACGUGGGGAUUCUGUACUUCAGUAAAGUGUAAAAGACUGAAAGAAACAGGUUUUUCCCCUUUGCCCAGUCUCUGCGUUGGUAUCUUGCUAGGUGGGGUGAGUUGACCAGAAGAGCUUUUCCUUCUCCUCACCUCCCAGUCCUAUUCUCACACUUGCAACCCGCUCCAAGGUGCGGGACUUUGCAAAGCACAUUGUGGCUCGUGUCGGCUCAGUCUGAAUUCAGUCACCCAAAACCUUGCAGGUCUAUUUUGUAACAUUAUUCAAUCUGUCCGGUAUGGGGUUUCUUUUCUUUUUUUUUUUUUUCACUCUUGCUUCUGACAUCAUUUCCUGAACGCUAUAUUCACUGAGCUCUGUAGCCAGAUCAUCAUCUCUGCAUAUGAUGCAAGGAGCUCUUUAAAAUGGAUUUCAACUCUCCUUUUAUUCUGCAGUGCUUGCUGGUGAUAAUAACCGUUACUGAUGGCUCUGUCACCACGACUAGUGUGCUCAGCGGCAGCUCAGCAAUGUUUUCUGUAGGAAUUGAAAACCUGCAGAACCUCUCCAAAAUGAGCAAGGACAAUGAGAGAUGCUUCGUAGAUAUGGUAAAUGGUACUUGGUUGGCUGGCUGUGGCACAUGUUACAGACGUCUGAACUUGCAGAAUGGCUCUCUAGUGCUAAGGACUGUGGAGAAGGAGGAUGAAGGAAAUUAUGAAUUUGUUUUUAACAACAUCAGCAAAUCCUUUGCACUGAAAGUGUUUGAGCCAGCCAUUGCUAUCCAGUGCUUCCCCAAUGGGACCGGAGAGUUGUCCUGCAACGUGCCCAGCAACGAGAGGAUGAGAUUUGAGUGGCUGCUGAAUGGCAGUGAGCUGAAGACCUCCGAGGCUUGCAUUAAGGAUGGUGGGAAGAAGGUUCGCCUGGACAAAAACAUGCCUGGGGAAUUUGUAUGUGAGGUUCACCACAGGAACGGCGUCUCGAGGUGCGGGCCCAUUGUGCUGUCUUGCAACUAUGGAGACCUGCUGCAGUACCCGUUGUUCAUUUACAUCCUGGCAGGAUGUGCAGGGGGUGCAGCUAUCCUGGUGGUGGUUGUGUCCUCAGUCAUCUGUUGCUGCAUGAAGAGGAAGCACAAGUUCAUCCCAGUGCCUUCAGAGGAUGAAAAGGAUGACGGAAUAGCAAUGUCAGUGGUCUCCAGUGAAGCUGUGAAGAGCCCCCCCAACGGAGACCAUGUGGAGGCUCAAGCUGCCCAAAUCGACUGCCCUCCAGUGCCGGAUGCUGCCCAGAUUGGUCCAGGCACUGAGCCCCCACCCCUGGUGGAAGAAAAUUUGCCAGUGGUGGUAGAACCUGAGGAAAUGCCAGAACAGGAGAUGAUAGGUUAUGUGGAAAGCCAGGAACAUGCCUCAGACUGUUUCCCGGACCCAACUGAUGACUGAUGUGACAUGGUUGCUGUUUCACCCUCUCCUGAAGCCUGUGACACCCGUCCUUUGCAUCCCAUAGUCUCACUGUGUGUAAGAAUUGGUCUGGAAAAUUUUAGCAGGGGAAAGACGCGAUGUGUCAGGCCUGCUAUAACCUCAUUUCAAAACAAAACAAAA